UAUAAAACCUCUGCUUAUUCUUGGUCUGCGUGCGACAUUAAAUUAGUCGAUGGAACGACCAUUAAUAGCUGUCGUACGUUCUGUUGGGCUGGAGAUCCCGGCAGCAAGGAACUGGAAGAGGGCGCCUUUGACCUUGAAAGGUAUCAAAGAUAUUUCAAGUCUUCUGUCGUCCGUAAGCCAGUUUUUUCCCCGCUCACGGGUCUAUAA